AUGCAACUCAACUUUUCAACCAGCCUGCAGGCAAUACUUCUCUGCCUAUCCCUAGCCACCGCAGCAACACUUCCUGCUUCCGCCAACCUGUCAAAAAGACAGGCUCGAAUCCCCAACAAAAUCAACCUCGGAACUUACAACAACCUCUGGGUAGCCUGGACAAACGGCGUCGAUCCAUGUAAGAGAAAGACCUACAUCCCAGGACCGACAGGACAAAGCCUGCCAGGCGACCAAAAUCCUUGCAAUAUCCGCUUCUCUGUGCCCGACACCGACUUCCAGUACAGCAUGCAAGGCUGUGGAGGCGAUGGUCUAUGGAUCAUGAGGAAUGGACUUGACAAUGUCGGGGACUGCUAUUGGGCUCCGGGAAACAAUGCCUGCAUUGCUGGAGAGUCGUUCAAGGGACAAUGGCAGUGUGUUCUGAAUGAUGGCAACAUGUAGAGAGAAGUCGAACCUGCAUAAAUCCACGCGAAGGACCCAAGGUUGAGAAGAAAUAAUUUAAAACGCAUCGAGAUGUUUUCAGCACCUAAAAGAUAAAACAUAAGCAGGGGAGAUGAAGCGCAGGUAUCUGGGAUAGCGAGAUGAGGAACCUAGGCUGGGAGGUUAAAGUUGAAAGGUUGGUGGAUUGACGUGUUGGUACGGGAGGGGUUAUAUGGAGUCGAGACAGUGGGGCCGUUGAUACAGGCGGCUUAUUAGGUGUAGGGCAUGGAUUCUCUGCU